AUGGAGCGUCACAAGCAUAAGACAAUCUGUCUGCCUUUUCUCAUAGACGUUUCUGAUGUAUAUGAUGAAUGGAAAUGUAUUGGUAUUUCACAGGCGGGAAGAAAUAACUACAAAAGUGCCAGAAGAAUUAUGAUUGAAACAUUAAGGCUUAGGGCAGUACAAAAUAUUUGCCAAGAGAAUAAUGACAAAUGCCGAGAGCAGAAGUUAUUUAUGUUCCUUAUCUUUAUCUUAAUGCUUUUUACAAUUCUUUCGUUAUCUUCAUGCAACUAUUUCUAUUUCAAUACACUUCUCUUGUUAUUUUCAUGCAGUUAUCCCUGUAAUGAUAAUGAUAAUGAUUAUGGUAAUAAUAAUGAUGAUGAUUAUGAUUAUGGUGAUGAUAAUAAAUAA